UAUUAAAAGGCUGCUUUUUGUAAACAUUUCUGAUACAAUUGUUAAAUUUUUGUUAGAAACAGUUUUUUAAAUUGAGCAAACGUUUUAAAGAACUAGUGAAGCUGUUAUGUAAAGCCGCGCCCACGAGCAGAAAAAGACACCCUCACAACGCAUCCAACACUCAGCCACCCAAAGGGACAUCGAUUUUUUACACUCUUUUAUGGUCUGUUCGCAAAGGUAACGCAAUAGAGCGCGCACGAAAACGAAUCAAAGAAACGUGCGACAAGUGUCGGCCGGGGGGAAGCACGUACGAACUACCGACCAAGGCAAGGAAUAAGGCAGUACGCAUAAAGGCGGAAUUUAUUGAAUUGGGUCGUCGCCGUCAUCACACACAAAGACGGUCGCUCCAAUGAGCGAGGAAGAGCAGCAGCAGCCGAAGGCGCGGCAAACGUCGCCGUUGCCAGGCGUCUCAAGGGCCUCCACAUCAAUGGCUGCAGCGGAGUCCAUUGCACCAGUAGCAGGCAGCGGUGGUCGUGCCACGCCCGAAAUGAAACGUUCGGCUGUCCGGAGUCUUAUACAACGCUACUUUCAUCAGCUACAGUCCGGAUGUGGCAAUGAAAAUUGCACGAAUGCCAAUUGUGCUUCCAGUGGCAAAGUAGCACCCAUGACUCCAAACGAAGUAGCAGCGCGUGCGCUACAAUUAUUCUCACAGGAUGCACAGCUGUGCGAAAGCACACCCGACACGUUGGCAUCAUCCUCAAGAUCGCACUUGGGUCUGACUGCAGAUUGCGCUUCUGGCAGUCACAACAGCCCACAGUUGGAUGUGGAUAUGCUUUCGCCCAAUGACAGCAGUAGUAGCAGCAGUAGCAGCUCGACAAGCACUAUUACCUCCGCCAGUACAACGACAACAACGAGUACCCAUUCGAAUACAGCGCCACAGGAUGCAACGGUGAGUACAUCCUCGCCGCUGCCAUUUCUGGAGCUCAUUGCCGUGGGCUCGUUGCUGCAAACAAAACUGUCCACACCUGCCACAGAAACGACAGCAUCAAAUGCAGACUCAUCUGGGUCCGGUGCCUGCACUCCAACGCGGCCAGCUGUUGAGUUCUUGGAUGCGGUCACAGUCGAGAGAAUGUACGAAGAGUGCCGAUCCUCUGGCAGCUACGAUCUAUUGCACCACGCCAUCACCGAUGUUUUCUCACGCGUGGAUCGUCUGGGUAAGAGCUUUUGUCGCGCUCCAGAAACAGAGCAGAGCAGUCCGAGCAGCAAGGUGCAGGCUCUGCUCGCCAAAUCACCAUGUGCCCUCAAUAAGGAGGAACUGCGCACGCUCGAGGGCGAGCAUGACAAGGACGAAGAUAGCACGCAGGCGCUGGAUCAGGCGAGUAGCAGUAGCAGCAGAACUGAAGUGAAUACCAGUAGCAGGUUAAGCGGUGAAGUGGACGAGGAUGAUCCUAUGGAGCAGUCGGAGGCCAAAGAGAGCUCCGAUGAGGAUGCACUCACCAGCGACACAUUAGUGGACUUCAGCGGCUUGCGUCGUGUCAAUCGACUCUUAAUGCGCUCGCCUAAUCGGAGCAUUAGCGAAAAGCUAAUGACAAGCGUUAUUCAGCUGGCUGAAAGCAUACGCUACAUGGGUGCCGCGGAUUGGGAACAGGAGAAUGUUUUGCACUGCCUAGUCAUAUGCUUUGAUAUAGCCACCAAUACCAGUAACAGCGUAAUGGACAUGGAAUACCUCGACGAGGUGCUGCCCAAGCUCUGCAAAGCAACCAGUGUACUGCCUGUAAGGACGCAGGCGCGACUGGCCUGCAUUUGGGCGAAACAUUGUGCAGAUCAGCUGCAAACACUCGUGGCCUCAUGUCAGCAACAGAUCACGCUUCAAGUACUCCUAGACGAGGAUUCGGUGCGUGAGAACGAGUCCAUCAUUAGUCUGACUAAAGUGCUGAAGAUCGUUUUCUAUGCCAACAUUUUGGCCAGCGAGCUUGAGUGUCCUUCCUGCCUGGUGUCGUUGCCACAGAGCGCGGAAAGCGCCACAGAUGAGGAUGCAGAUGCGGGAGCUGCUGCUCUUGAGGAUGAUCUCUUCAUAUAUAGUUCGGUGACGCAUCCGCAUAUGCCUAAAUUUGCCGAAGACAAACUGGAAAAGUUAUUGAAAGUACAUGCCGGAGAUUGCCGCCAACCACUUGUGCCGCUCGAGGAUUUCUACAAUGAAGCGCUAAGCGAUCACAUACAUAUGAAUCAGGACUAUUUGUCCUACAAAACGUUGGCAAUGGAAAGCGAAAUUGGCUCCAGCCAUACGAACUACUUCUCAUUUAUGCUCUACGCCUUUAUACUGAUGCCUGCUACCAAAGUAGAUGCCUUGUAUUACGACAGUCGCAUGCGGAUGUACAGUGAACGGUAUACCUCGCUGUACUCCAUAAUUAAUAAUUUCGGGGACGGUCAGGAUGGAGCACCGCGACCAGAUCUUAAGCUGACGGUGCGACGCGAGCAGCUCAUCAACGAUGCGCUCAUUGGGCUCGAAUUAGUGGCCAUGAGUAAUCCCAAAGAUCUAAAGAAGCAGCUGGUUGUGGAAUUUGUUGGCGAGCAAGGCAUUGACGAGGGUGGCGUUUCCAAGGAGUUUUUUCAAUUGAUCGUCGAGGAGAUUUUUAAUCCGGCCUUUGGUAUGUUUGUGCAACAGGAGGAAACCAAUAAUAUGUGGUUUAAUGCCAUGCCCUUUGAAAAUGGCGCGCAGUUUACGUUAAUUGGCAUUAUCAUUGGUUUGGCUAUCUACAACAAUGUAAUCUUGGCUGUGAACUUUCCAAUGGUCGUCUAUCGCAAACUAAUGGGCUAUCGAGGCACCUUUAACGAUCUGAACGAUUGGAGUCCCACCCUUUAUAAGAGCCUAAUGGACCUGUUGAAAUACGAGGGCCAAGACAUGGAGGAAGUAUUUCAGCAAACGUUCAAGAUCAGCUACAGUAAUGUCUUUGGGGAAAUGGUUGAGCACGAGCUGGUACCCCAUGGUGGUGAGGUAGCGGUUGGACAGCACAACAAACACCUCUUUGUCAGUCUGUAUAGCGACUACUUGCUGAAUGUGAACAUUGAGCAACAGUUCAAGGCAUUCCGAAAGGGUUUCGAAAUGGUCACAGAUGAGUCUCCACUGAAGCUGCUAUUUCGUCCCGAGGAGAUCGAAAUGCUUGUCUGUGGGAGUCGCGAAUUUAACUUUGUGGAAUUGGAACAAUCGACUGAAUAUGAAGGCGGCUAUACGGAAGAGACGCAGAUCAUUAAAGAUUUCUGGAGCAUUGUGCAUGGCAUGCCGCCCGAGUCAAAGCGUAAGCUGCUUGAAUUCACAACGGGUUCGGAUCGUGUGCCAGUGGGUGGGUUGAGAUGCCUGCGGCUGCUCAUUACAAGGCAUGGACCUGACAGCGAACGUCUGCCCACCUCGCAUACUUGCUUCAAUGUGCUGCUUCUGCCCGAGUACAGCAGCAAGGAAAAGCUGGAGGAGCGUCUGCUCAAGGCCAUCAACUAUUCAAAGGGUUUCGGCAUGUUGUAGUCGCAUCGUAAUUCAUUGUGUAAAGCCGACUUCAAGCUGGUACUUCCCACGUCGUAACUGAUACCACCUUUGAUGACAGUGAUGUUGAAAAUGAUAAAAAGAUGAUGUUCAGUUCAUUUAUCGUUUUGCCAUUUAUUUUUGAUAAAUAAUACAUGUUCGUAAUGACAAUA